AUGCCUACGUUCACAUCAGCAAGGAGAACAACACCGUUGACCAACACUAGUGUAUCCGUCAAACCUACCCCUUUUCUCCGCACCCAAAAAGUCAAGGGUGCAUCGACCCCUCGCAAAUACACCACCGAGACCCCGAUUCAUGCCGAAGAAGAGCUCCCGCUUCAAUAUGGCAUGCUGUACUUUGAUAACGCCUACCCCCUCAAGAUGGGCUGGUGGGAUAUCCGGUACUCGCUUCUGAAACCUGGCUGGCGAUCCCUCGAGCGCAAGGCCAAGACGGAAUUGGUUCCAUCCGAGAAGAAUAUGCCCUUCCAUUUCAAGAUCGGAGGCAUCGAGCCCAGAUUGAAGGAUGGCGGUAUGUUUGUGCACUUUUCAUACGUGCGCCCAAGCUCGUACACAACCAAGGAGGCGCUCAAGGAGAUCGAGUCCCGAUGCGAGCAACAUCUGAUCGGCAAGGGUCAUUAUAUGUGGUUCAACUUUCAAAAGGUCCGUGCCUUCCUCGUCAAAGGGUCGCCCUUCCUCGAGGAUCUUGCCAGUCGAUACCCCAACAGCAGGAUCCGAGUUGAGUUUGCCGGAAACCUCAACGUCGAGCAACUCUAUACCCUCUUCCGCAAAUACGGCAAGAUCAUGGAUAUUUCGCUGCUCACACCCGUCAAGGAUAUGCCCCGCCAGGCGAUCGUCCAGUACUCAUUCAUGCGUGCUUCGACCAGCGCCAAGUCGUGUUUGCAUGGGAUGGAGAUCAAUGGAACCCAAUUGAGUGUCACCUAUGAGAGAACUCUUCAGGGUAACGCUAUUUGGACCUGGUUGACCAACCACCCCAAGAUCACGGUCCCUCUUGGAGGUGCGGCUCUAGCAGGAAUGUCGUUUAUGGUUUUUGAUCCCAUGCGUGUCUUUAGCAUGCAUGCCAAGAUUACUCAGCUGUUCAACGCCAACGAGUACUCGUUCUUAAAAUGGUUGCGCAAGGAGACUGUUGGACGUUUGACCCGCAGUCCUCUUGAUGCGAUGCAGGCUAGUGGAUGGCGCGAGAGAGCCCACGACGAGGAGAAGCUCCGUUCUUGGCUGCGCACUGCUCCAGAGUCAUUCGCAAUUGUUCAUGGACCUCGAGGAGCAGGAAAGACAGAGAUGGUCGAGUAUGUGAUCAAGGACAAGAAGCACAAGGUCGUGAUUCGCUGCGAUGAGCUCGCGAACGCCAGGAGUGAAGGCGAGCUGUUGACCAACCUCGCCAAGCAGAUCGGAUACAUCCCCUUGUUCCAGUUCAUGAACACUAUCAACAACAUGGUCGACGUUGCUAUCACCGCCACCACCGGACAGAAGGCUGGUCUGUCGGCAACAUUCGAGGGACAGUUGAAAAUGAUUUUGGACACAUUGAGCAUCGCCAUCCAACAAGCCUCGCCCGUCUCGGACCUGUCCAACACCUCACCAGACGCGAUCAUGAAACGCAUCGAGGCAACACUCGAAGAAAAGACCCGCCUCUCCGAGUUGAACAAGACUGGACCCUGCGUCCAGACCAAUACUCUGGCCCUGUCUAUGUCUGGAAACCCAAGCAGACGUCUGACAAAGGUCAAGAGACACCGACGGGAAAUGGACUCGGACGAUAAUAACACCGAGUGCGACCCUGAUGAGAUCCCUGUCAUUGUGAUUGAUGGGUACAUGUCGAGGGAGAAGGGACCUCAUGCCAAGGAGUUGUGGGCCUUUUUGGCUGAUUGGGCUGCUGUCCUGGCCGAGAACCACAUUGCUCAUGUUGUCUUCUUGACCAACAACGUCACCGCCUCCAAGCCUCUCGCCAAAGCAUUGCCCAACAUGCCCUUCGAGUACAUUGUUCUCACGGAUGCGACAUUGGAAUCUGCACUCGAGUUUGUGUACAACCAUUUGGACAGAGACGAAUAUCCCGACUUGAUCAAGUAUGUCCAGACUAUCGGCGGUCGUCUCACCGACCUCGAGCUCUUUGUCCAAAAGGUCAAGAGCGGACAAAAGCCUGACGAUGCCGAGAAGGAUAUCUUGGGACGCGCUGUGGUCGAGGUCCGCAAGAACGCCUUUGAUUUUGAUAACUCGGACGGCCGGACCCUGAACUGGACACCUAUCCAGUUCUGGGCCGUCAUGAAGAAGUUGGCUACCUCUGAAGCCGCAAGCUUUGAUGAGCUCAAGAUCCAUCCCUUGUUCAAGAACGACGAGGGUCCUUUCAGUGCCAUGGAGCAGGCAGAGUUGAUCAACAUCGUCCACAAGCAUGGACGCCCAUAUGCCGUCCGCCCCGGAAAACCAAUCUACAGAGCCGCAUUCCAAAAUAUUCUCUCCGACACUAGCUUCUCUGCCGUCAUGGACCUCGAAUCCUCCACCCACCUUGAGAAGGAAGAAAUGGUCAAGGUCGCCAAAUGGGAGGCCGAACUCAAGGAACUCUCGAAUCUACGACACACUAAUGGGUUUUGGUUGUUUGGCGGUGGACGCGUGCCCAAGGAGGUCGAUACACGUGUGAAGUGGUUGAUGAAGAAGUUGGCAGAGUCUCAUGCCAAGGUCGAGAAGUAUGAGAUGGAGGCAUCGCAGGCCAAGAAGGCUGUUGCUGACAUCGCCGCUUCUUCUUUCUCAUCAUAG